AUGUCUUCCCUGUACAAGCACCUACGAAUCCACCAAAUCUUUGGUGCGAACACAGAGGUUGGGAAGACCGUCCUGACAACAGCACUUGCGAGGGCGUCGACCAAGAAAAAGUUCCCUGUUUUCUACCUCAAGCCUGUGAGCACAGGCGCGAUUGAGGAUGCCGAUGACCAUCAUAUCGUUCGACAUGGAGGAAAAGCGUCCAACUUGAUUCAUUCCGAAUGCUUGUUUCGAUACGAUGACCCGGUCAGUCCUCAUCUGGCCGCAAAGAGGAAGACUUCGGAGAAUAACAGUCUGAUUCCCUCCGACGAUGCCCUGGUUGGCUCCAUCGCCAACCGUAUCCGAGAACACGCAGCCAAAAGCUCGAGGCCGGGCCAUAUGUACAUCGAAACGGCAGGAGGUGUACACAGCCCUACGCUUUCUGGUACAACCCAAGCCGACGCAUAUCGACCUCUGUUCUUGCCAACCAUUCUCGUCGGCGAUUCCAAACUUGGAGGAAUAUCGUCCACUAUCUCCGGCUACGAGUCGCUGUUGAUGAGAGGGUUCAUCGUCGACGCGGUAGUCAUGUUCAGAGACGAAUACUACAGGAACUGGGAGUAUCUCACCGAGUACUUCAAGGAAAAGGGUGUGCACGUCGCCGCGGUGGACCCUCCACCUCCCCGGCACUCGGAUCCAGCUGCAGACCGCACCGCGACGGAGGAAUACUACGAUGCAAUCACAUCGUCCAAUGAAGAAAAUAGCAUUUCACGACUGGUCGAUUAUCUUGACGCGCGACACGCCAUACGUGUACAGGAAUUGGAAUCUAUGCCUGGGCGGACACUCAACAGCAUUUGGUGGCCAUUUGUCCAACACGGAACGGUGAGGGGAAAGCAAGACGUCACCGUUAUCGACAGCGCGUACAAGGACUACUUUAGCGUCGCACAAAACAAGUCCGACUCCCCUCCAUCCAAAAGCUUGUUGCAUCCCGAAUUCGAUGGGUCAGCUUCAUGGUGGACACAGACUUUGGGCCAUGCACACCCAGCCCUGACCAUGGCCGCCGCACGCGCCAGUGGGAGAUACGGCCACGUUAUGUUCCCUCAAGCAACCCACCUUCCGGCUCUCAAACUUGCCGAGCGACUCUUGACCACAGGACCCGGAAAGGGCUGGGCGUCCCGGGUGUUCUUCUCAGACAAUGGCUCCACCGGAAUGGAGGUCGCCAUCAAGAUGGCAUUGCGCGCAUGGUCGAUACGAAACGGUGCCGAGCUGACAAGCCAGGAGAAGAAACACCUCGGGAUCCUGGGUCUCAAAGGUAGCUACCACGGCGAUACUAUUGGCGCAAUGGACGCAUCCGAGGAGGGUGUGUACACCUGUGAAUGGCAUGAAGCGAAAGGAUACUGGUUCGAACCACCCAAGAUUGGCAUUCAGAACAGCGAAGUAACGAUUACAGUCCCGGGUUCCCUAUCGUCUUCCCAGAAACCUCACGUUACCAAAGCACCCUCGUUGUCCUGGGUUUACAACGUCGAGGAGCGGAUUAACACACCUCUUGGUAGAGCAUAUGCAUUCCAGAUUCGACGCGUCCUCGAUACCCUUCAGGAGAAGGGGACCAAGCUGGCAGCACUGGUGAUUGAGCCUCUCGUCCUAGGUGCAGGUGGGAUGAUCUUCGUGGAUCCCCUCUUCCAGCGCAUCUUGGUCGACACCGUCCGCGGUCGUCGUUCCAGGUCUUCCUCCCAGUGGUCUGGCAUGCCCGUCAUCUUCGAUGAAGUCUUCACCGGCCUCUAUCGCAUCGGCGUCCCGAGUGCUGGCCCACUCCUUGGCGUCAACCCCGACAUCUCCGUCAAUGCCAAAGUACUCACCGGUGGACUUAUCCCUCUUUCCGUCACAUUGGCGUCUAAAUCUAUCUUCGAGGCGUUCUUGAGCGACAAGAAGGCCGAGGCCCUUCUGCAUGGUCACUCGUACACUGCUCAUCCUAUUGGGUGUGAAGUGGCAAACGAGACGCUAAUUCAGAUCGAGAAACUUGCGAAGAGCGAGGAGUGGAAAAAGGCGAGGGAGAAGUGGGCACCUGCUGAGGGAGAGGAGAGCACUGUCUGGAGUCUAUGGGAUCCUCAGUUUGUUACUGAAAUCUCCAAGCUUCCGUCAGUUAAUGAGGUGAUGGCGUUGGGUAGCGUAUUGGCAAUCGAUUUCAAGGAUCCUGCCAAAGGCUACACGUCUUUCUUCGCCCAAAAUCUACUGCAACCAUUGAAGGGGCCUUCCGAGCAGAAAGGGAAUUUAUCACCAGCACCUGGUGGUGCACCUUAUGGAGUCAACUACCGGACCCUGGGCAAUGUUGGAUACUUUAUGACGAGCCUAAACACCACUCCAGCCGUUAUUAGAUCUCUAGAGGAUAGGAUAUGGUCAGUCCUGUCAAACUAA